GCCAGCACCACUUUAGCUGGCAGAUCACAAGCACCAUCGCAGUGACUUCGGAUCCCGCUCCUUUCUGCAUACCCGCGGACACAAUCUGACCUGGUCUUCGAUCGUUACGUACUCCUCGAGUCUCGGAAACAGCUUGCGAGCAUCUGCAAUUCGCACAUCCGACACACAUCAUGGCCACAUCCGGCUUCGGUGCUGAGGCACAGCAGGUCCUCAUCCACUUCACAACCAGCGCUGCCGACCUCCAGCUCCCAGAGGAGCAAAGACAGCUUCUCGUACCAUCAGACAUCAGACGCUAUGGUCUUUCCAAGAUCCUCAACUCCGAGUCGAUGCUCGACACGGCGCAGACGAUACCGUUCGACUUCCUUAUAAACGGUCAAUUUCUCCGAACCUCUCUCGAGGACUACUUUAAAGAGAACGGCCUGUCCUUUGAAUCUACCAUCACGCUAGAAUACGUGCGGAGUCUGCUCCCACCCACAUACCAGGCGAGCUUCGAGCACGAGGACUGGGUCAGCAGCGUCGACACUCUGUCACAGAACUCGCGAGCCGGGAUCUGGUCCGGCGACAAGCUUGUGCCGGGACAGGAUCGCGUCCUCUCGGCCUCAUACGACGGCCUCUUGAGAAUAUGGAACAGCUCUGGCUCAGUCAUUGCGACCUCACCGUCCGGUAGCCAGGGCGGACACAGCGCCAGCAUCAAGACCGCCAAGUUCCUGUCCUCUUCCCAGAUCGCCUCGGCCGGCCUUGACCGGACAGUGAGGUUAUGGAAGUACAACGAGGCCGACGACCACCUCUCGGGCACCCUCAAGCCUACUCUAGAACUCUACGGCCACAAGGCCUGCGUUGAGUCCAUCGACGUUCACACCCCAACUGGGCGCAUCCUGUCCGCGGGCGCAGACGGCUGUGUCGGCCUAUGGACAACUUCAAAGAGCUCGGCGCCUGCCGCGCCCGCGGAGCUUCUGCCCGGCGCGAACGCCACCAAGAAGCGCAAGGUCGCGACCUCUGUUGCGCCCCAGCGCGGUGCCCUGUCCUUGAACCAGCACCACUCGUCCCCCGUCUCGGCAGCCAUCUUCCACCCGCACGACAGCUCCGUCGCGUACUCGGCCUCGCAGGACCACACGAUCAAGACGCUCGAUCUGACGACAUCCCUGGUCGUCACGACGCUCACGACUGCACACCCUCUGCUCUCGCUGUGCUCUGUAAGUGGCAAGAACGGUCUCCUCGCCGCGGGCACCUCAGCCCGGCACAUCACCCUCAUCGACCCCCGCGUCUCGGCGGCCACGACGUCUGUCCUCACCCUCCGUGGACACCGGAACAUGGUCACUUCGAUAUCGGCAUCCCCCGAGGACGACCACUCGCUCGUGUCGGCCUCGCACGAUGGCACAUGUCGCGUGUGGGACUUGCGCAGCGUGCGGACGGGCACGGCCGCCGAGGGCCAGGGAAGUGUCGGCGAGUCCGUGUAUGUCAUCGAACGGGAAAGCCAGAAGGGCAAGAAGAAGAGUAGCGCAGCGGAGGUGCCUGGUCGUGGCAACAAGGUGUUCAGUGUGGUGUGGGACAAGUCUCUAGGAAUAGUCAGUGGUGGCGAGGACAAGCAGGUCCAGAUCAACAGGGGCCGUGACCUGUUGGCGUCGACGUGAGCAGUCAAACAGGUUUCUCGAUAAUGUGGAAAGAGCAUAUAAUCAUACCAUGAGCACCUUGUACAUUGAGGAAGCUGCAGCUUGUUUUCAGGAAAUGCAUUGCCGGCCAGUUUCAA